ACCUAACAAGUAAAGUAACUGUCAGCCAGCUCAGUAGGCUUUGAGCUAGAGCGUGAACUGAACGUCUGUGCGCGCUUUGUGAAUUAUCCUAGUGCUUACGAGUGUAGCUGCAACGAUCGAAAACAACAACAAAAAAACUCAAAUGGAAGUGGCAGGCCAGUGGCGGAAGGAGUGGGCUGGAGCCGCCGAAUAUGGAAAGGUGACAGAAGGCGGAGUCACACGUCAAAUAGCCCGAGCUAUGGAGGUUUUAAAUGCCACCGGUCCCGGAGCUCGCGUCCGUGUUAUGCGUGCUUCUUAUCACUCGUCUGCUGGACCUGGAAUACCAGCUUCAUCGUACAUGAUGCACUCUUCAAGAAGGGUUAUUUCAUCUGGUUAUAACUUUACGGAUCCACCUUCGAUACCAUCAAUUUCAGCUAUUCCUUUGGAAAUAUCAUCAACUCCACUGGAGCAGUCGCAUGAUUCCCAAGUUGAACCAGAUACAUAUAAAGUGACCGAGCCAGACGACUUAGAGAUUUCUGAACCCUCUAAAUGGAGAGGUUCCCGAGGAACAGGCUCAAUCCGAAUGCCUAGUGAAGAGUCUUCGUCCACCGACAAUGCUAGUAUUAUUGAUUUAGAUCCGAAAAACAGUCGACUUUUGCACAGGAAGUACUCAUACGAUUCAGAAAGCAGCGAUAUUCAAUGGAACAAAAAAACUGCGUCCAGGGUUUCGCCUCUUUUGGAUGCUCCUGUGACUUUAAACACAUUAAAAUAUAAAUCACUUUUAAAUAACAGUAGCGAUUGGAACAACCGCAGGAAAAGCUAUAGCUUUGAAGAUACGAAGAUUUCUUUGGAUGAAGUUAAAGUACACAGUAAUGAUACUUUUGCCAUGGACUCUUCAACGGACAGUGGUAUUUGCAAAUCUACGGAAAUUGUGAACGAUCAUGUAGAAGAAAGCACGCAUUCAAGACCGUUUGAGCGAAAAAACAUUCAGAAUAAUAGUCACGAUGAAUGUUUUAAAGAUUGGCUUGCCAAAAACAGAUCGAACAAUUAUUACAAAGGUAAUAAAUUCAAACCGUCUUGGGAACAUGAUGUUGUUAUCGAGGAUCCUGUAGAAAGCAAUAUAGUAUUACAAUCAACUGGAAAAAUUUCAAUAACUUUACCAACUAAGAUUGAAACAUACGAUGAAGCUUCUUUAUUCAACAAAACCGAAAAAUGUAGUGAAGAUCACCAAAGAAAAGUGAAAAAAGUGGAAUUCUGUAAAACUGAACUACAUUUUGCGGCAGAAUCAGGAAAAGUAAACAUUAUUGCAACGGAUGAUAAACCACCGCCAUCAAACGACUUCCGAAAAAGACGGAGUGUUUUUGUUCCCAUAGAAAUGGUAGACAAACCAAUAACAUUAUUUGGGGAAAAGACCACCGUUAUAUCCAACCAAGAAAAGUUAGAAGAUAUAUUAAGUAGUUCGAUAAGUGAUUAUGUCGAAACUGAUGAGAAUACAGCAGCUACAAAAAGUAUUCUCAAAAAUAAGAUUCCGAAACCCAAACCAUAUCUCUUGGGAGAGAACAUGGCAUUUGGGUCAGCGAAUGAUGUGACGAAUGAAAUCAUUAAUAGUGAACCCGCUACAGUAUUAAAAGCAGUGUCGUUGAUUAAUAAACAACUUCAGCCGCAAGGGAUUUAUGAUGACUUAAUUAACUCAACGGACUCAUCGAAAAAUAGCAAACCUAGUCAAAGUAAAAAAAAUUGGACAGCAAAUGAAGGUCCCACAAUAAACAAGAAUCAUGUCUUUGCUACCGAGCCAAUUUCGCAACAAAUCAAAACACCUCUGAAAGAAGUGGAAACAUUAAACAAAACAGACUUGUUACGAACAAAAUUCGAGUCUGCACAUUCUCCUUCCAAUGAUCACAGGACAAAAGCAAGACAAUUACGAGAAAGUGACUUAACGUAUUUCGGAGUAAAUAAGGAAAGAAAGGAAGAGACUGAAUCAAAAAUAUAUAAAAGUAAUCUAUCAGACGAUUCUGCUAUAGAAGAUAUAUUUCAAUCUGUUAGACUAAUUCAGCAAGUCUCAAACAGCGUUUGCAAUAGUGAAGCUGAAUCUGAUGACGUACCUGAAUAUCAAAACUUUCAUGCUACCAACAAUUAUAUCCCAGUUCCUAAGCCUAGACUUCGUACAAGAUAUGAAGAUAAACCUAACGAAAUCCACGAAGUCAAAGUACUAAAGCCAAUUAUUGAACAUGAACGUUCUGAAACAAAUGAUUAUGUAAAAUCUAUAAUGCGACGCUCAAAGUCUAGAAGGCAAGAACAUACAGCAUCUGCUAAUAGAAGCCUAUCUGAACCACCGAAACGAGACAAAGCUUUUUCAAAUUCCAAACAGUCAUUGAGAGCAAAUACGCCAUCGCGAUCUAUCAAUCGCACAGUUAGAGAAGCUGUGGAAAGCCAAGUGACAAUUGCUACCCCUCGUUCUAAGAAAAUAGAAGAAAUGAUUCCUAUUUACGAGAACCUACAUCCAGGACGGGAAUCUAAUAUUAUUUAUGACAAAAAUAAACUAAAGCCUAAAACGUCAAUAACACCAGAAGUUCCUACCAGGAAGACUUGUGUAAAAAGACAGGAAAAAAGCGAAGACGUUAAGACAUCGAAAUUUAGCAAUAAUGACAGAAAUACAAAGUCAAGUUCACAAAAUACCAAUGGGAUAGGCAGUUUGAGAAGGAUUUCACAGACCACAAACAAGCGUAGUGAAACCAGAGAACCACAUAAAGGUGACAAUGUAGGUAAAAUGGAAAAUGAAAAAGAUCUUGAAGCGGCGCAUAAAACUUCGUUCAAAAGUGUACGGCAAGUAUCCACGCCUAGAAGGUCGAAAGUUGAAAAUCGAACGUCAUCUUCGCCCUGUCGUCCAGAUAGAAAUGAAACAAAAAAAACACUUGACGAUAAUUGCAAAAAAGAAUCACAACCAGUUAUGAAAAAAUCUGCGGGAUACGAUAAAAAUAAGAAGAGUUCUAAAGAUACAUCCAAGGAAUCAGAUCCACUAAAGAAAAUGGAUCAAAACACAAUUGUAUACGAAAUGAAAUCUGUACAAAUAAAAAACGAACAUAAGGAUAUAAAUUCAAAACGAAACAGAUCCAAAUCUCCAAGGCGACGUGAGUAUGUUAUUAACUAUGAUGACAAAAAUGGAACAGUGUCCUCGGUUUGUAAAGUUACAACCAGCCCAGGGGGUAGUUAUAGAAAGAAAAAGAUCUCAAAAGAAAUCUUAGAUAGUCCAAAAGGGCAGAUACUAAAACCUAAAACAAUAAACAAAAUAGCGCUACGAAAGUAAGCUGUAUGCAUGCCACUAAUGAACGCUCUAACACAAAUAUAACCGGCCUUCAUUUAAAAUGGAAAUAUUUCAGUGCAACUUCCAGAUCAUCAAAAACUAACGAGUAGAAAGAGAAAAGCUGAUAAAAAUGUGAAAACGAAAGUUUAUAUAGAAAGGUCUUGCCAGAUAUUGUAAGCUAAAUACAGUGACCAAGUGGACAAACUUUAGAAUGUAGAGUUACAUAUGGAGUGUACUUAAAUAGAAUAAGGAAGAUGAUCUCGCAACUUUAUUUUAACAAACCAAUUUGAUUGGAGUAUACAACCAAGUACGCUCACGUAUUUGGUUAAAUAAAACAUAACUAUAUUUAA